GACAAGCCGCCAGUCGCCAGUGUUAUUCGGUUUGCAUUUACAAGAAGGAGUAGCCGAGAGGAACAUAGCAUGGAAAAAGGACACCAGAACCAUAAGUUUUCCCGCAAGAGCUUUAAAGCUGCCUAGGACCAACUCCUACCCUACUCGACUGUGAUAUCCGAGAUUCAAGGAUCAAGCCUAGAAUUAGUUAGUUAAGCCCAAGGAUUCUAAAGAAGAAAGAAGGCACCACAGGAAUCCCAAAGAUGUUCCUCAACAUAUUCAAUUCGGGCAUCUUCCAGUGGCAGUUCCGCCGUCAGCUGCUGGUCUCAUUGAGCGCCACGCUGAUAACCUUUUGUCAUGGCAUCGCUCUGGGAUGGCUUUCACCGAUGCUACCGAAGCUCCUGUCCCCCGUCGAGACGCCUUUGUCCUUCCACAUUGACGUAGACCAGGCCUCCUGGCUGGGAGCCGUCAUAAGCAUUGGUGGCAUCACCGGCAACUUCUCCUUCUCCUACUUGAUGAAUCGCUUCGGUCGAAAGGUGUCGAUAUACGCCCUGGCAGUGCCACACACGUGCAUUUGGUUCAUGUUUUACUUCGCCCAGAGCAUCGAGUGGUUGUAUGUGGCACGGGUGUGUGCAGGUUUAACUGGCGGUGGCAUGUUCGUUGUGCUACCCAUUUUCAUUGGCGAAAUCGCCGACAACAGCAUUCGUGGACGCCUGUGUUCGUUUUUCACGCUGACCAUGAACACUGGCAUCAUGGUGGGCUUUGUCGUUUCCUCACACAUUCCCUACCAUGUUAUUCCCUGUGCCGUGGUGGGCCUGCCAGUGCUGUAUGUAUUCCUGGCCACCCGCUUCCCGGAGCCUCCCCAGCAACUGAUUCGAUGGCAACGGGUGGAGGAGGCCCAGAGAUCCUUGAGGUUCUACAGGCGGUGCGAUGGGCCCAAUGUUUCCAAAGAGGCGGAGCGGGCGUACCAGAAACAGUUCGACGAGAUGCUUUUGGCCAUCCAGCAGCAAAACAAGGAUUCUGACAAUAAAGGGCUUUCUGUUGCCGAUUUUUUGAGCAAGCGCUCCUUGAAGGCCCUGGCCACGGGUCUUAUACUGAUGAUCGCCAACAUCUUUACGGGAACCUUCGCCUUUAUCAACUACAUGUCGAACAUCUUCGACCAGGUCAACACGCAGCUGGAUCCCAACACGAACACCAUCAUCAUUGGAGCCGUUCAGAUCCUGGGCACGCUGGCCAGCAUAUAUGCUGUGGAUCGCUACGGUCGGAAGCUCCUGCUGAUCGUGUCCUGUGCAGGAAGUGGUAUCGGAACUGCAGCUUUUGGGGUGUACGCCUUCUAUGUGGAGCAGCAGGAAGUGGAUCUCUCAGCCUUCUCCGCCUGGCUGCCUGUCUGCCUGAUGUCCUUCAUCAUCUUCAUUGCCAACGUGGGCGUCAUUUCGGUGACAAUGGUGGUGCUGGUGGAGAUCCUGCCGCAGAAGAUCCGUGCAGUGGCCACCAGCUUCUGCUUGGGCUGCCUCAGCUUCUUCGCCUUCACCUCGCUGAAGACCUUCCCGCUGAUGAUGUUCCAUCUGGGCCUGGCGGCCACCAUGUGGUUCUGCGCAGCCACCAGCGCACUGUGCCUCUUCUAUGUGGUGGUCUGCCUGGAGGAGACCAAGGGUCGCUCCAUGUAUGACUAAUGCUGAAUAAAUCUUAGAUAGUUAGUA